UUGUGAAUGGCAGUGAAGAGUUGCAACUGAUGCUGGAAGGUAACGCAGUAUGACAGCAUGACCAAAAUAGCAUGUCAAGAUUAUUUUCAUUCUACACACAUUCAUAGUAUAUAGAACAUAUUUUUUAGCUGUCACAAAUUAAUUACUUGUCAAAAAUAAGUACCUACUCAAGAGUACGUAACUUCAGAUGCAGCCAAAGGGCAUAUCCCAGAUGUUCGCCAACCCUGGCAUAUCCCAUAGUCACUUGACAAGUUGUCUGUUUACGUAAUGUAUUUUCUGUAUUUGACCCAAGUGUUCAAGUGGACAAAAAGACGUUGUAGGCCCUGUCCCACAUGGCAAACUUCACAUGCACGUUUGGUCUUUCAAUUGCCACUAUCCAUUAAGUCCAUGAAACUGUAGGUUGUCCCCUUCAUCAUUUUAGCACUCAUAAGUGUGCUUGCAGCUUUAAUUAAUAAUUAUAUAAGAAACUUUUUAAUUCACUUACAGCCUGAUCUCUAUUAUUUGGUAUAAAUAAUCUGUUAAACGAUAAAUAAUCUGAUUCACUUAGAGACUGUGAAUAAUAUUUGUGAUUGUGACAUUUCUGUGUGUCAGGUGUUCUCCUGGUUUCUUAGGUGAGUACUGUCAGCAUAAGGACCCAUGUACUGAGGGAUAUUGUUUGAAUGGAGGAAAGUGCACCAUGAUCACCAUAGCCAGAGUACCCCAGCGUGGCUGUGUGUGUCCUCUGGGAUACUCUGGGGUGCGAUGCGAGUUAAAUGACAAUAACUUUGACAAUCCUUGUACCAAUGGGGGGAAGUCCUUGCUCCUCCCCAACAACCAGUACAAAUGCCAGUGUGCCCAUGGAUGGACAGGUCAGCAUUGUGAGCAAGAGGACACAUGUCUGUCCAGCCCAUGUGCCAACGGUGGUAUCUGCUAUACUCUGCCCAAUCGUGAAUUCACUUGUACCUGUCCUCCUGGUUACCAUGGCUCCCGUUGUCUCAAUGACACAGAUGAGUGUGUUUCCUUCCCGUCUCUGUGCAAGAACGAAGGCGUGUGUCUGAAUACCCCAGGCUCAUAUCGAUGUAACUGCCAACCCGGCUUUACCGGCCUCCACUGUGAGAUGAUUUACGUGCCCUGCUUUCCAUCCCCCUGCCUCAAUGGUGGAACCUGCCGGCAGAUGACAGACACAACUUAUGUAUGCCACUGCCUGCCAGGUUUUAGUGGACAAAACUGUGAGGUGAACAUUGAUGAUUGUCCGAAUCACCGCUGUCAGAAUGGAGCCACAUGCAUGGAUGGAGUGAACACUUACAACUGCCAGUGCCCACCUGAAUUUACUGGUCAGUUUUGCACUGAUGACGUGGAUGAAUGCAGUCUGCAGCCAAACCCCUGUCAGAAUGGAGGCAUGUGUAGAAACACACUCAGUGGCUACAACUGCGUGUGUUUGAACGGCUGGGCCGGCCCUGACUGCUCUGAAAACAUUGAUGACUGCGCAGUUAAGGCCUGUGCUGCCGGCUCCACUUGCAAAGACCGCGUGGCUUCCUUCAUUUGUAGCUGCCCUCCUGGCAAAACUGGUUUGCUGUGUCAUAUUGAUGAUGCCUGCACCAGUAACCCAUGCAAGAUGGGAGCUCAAUGUGACACGAACCCCAUCAAUGGCAAGUUCAACUGUAACUGCCCCUCAGGGUACAAGGGCAGCACCUGUGCAGAGGAUAUCGACGAGUGUGUGAUCGGACCAAACCCAUGUGAGCACGGUGGUUUGUGUAAGAACACAGUGGGCUCAUUCACCUGUAACUGCACUCCAGGUUACACAGGUCCACGCUGUGAGCAGGACAUCAACGAAUGUGGCUCUCACCCCUGCUAUAAUCACGCCACCUGCUUGGACCAGAUAGGAGGUUACUUUUGCUUAUGUAUGGCAGGUUUUAAUGGACAAAACUGUGAGGUGAACAUUGAUGAUUGUCCGAAUCACCGCUGUCAGAAUGGAGCCACAUGCAUGGAUGGAGUGAACACUUACAACUGCCAGUGCCCACCUGAAUGGACUGGUCAGUUUUGCACUGAUGACGUGGAUGAAUGCAGACUACAGCCCAACGCCUGUCAGAAUCGAGGCAUGUGUAGAAACACACUCAAUGGCUACAACUGCGUGUGUUUGAAUGGCUGGGCCGGCCCUGACUGCUCUGAAAACAUUGAUGACUGCGCAAAUAAUCCCUGCACCGCUGGCUCCACUUGCAUCGACGGCGUGGCUUCCUUCCGUUGCAGCUGCCCUCCUGGAAAGGCUGGUUUGCUGUGUCAUAUUGAUGAUGCCUGCACCAGUAACCCAUGCAAGAUGGGAGCUCAAUGUGACACGAACCCUGUCAAUGGCAAGUUCAACUGUAACUGCCCCUCAGGGUACAAGGGCAGCACCUGUGCAGAGGAUAUCGACGAGUGUGUGAUCGGACCAAACCCAUGUGAGCACGGUGGUUCGUGUAAGAACACAGUGGGCUCAUUCACCUGUAACUGCACUGCAGGUUACACAGGUCCACGCUGUGAGCAGAACAUCAACGAAUGUGGCUCUAACCCCUGCCAAAAUCACGCCACCUGCUUGGACCUUAAAGGAGAUUACAUUUGCUUCUGUAUGGCAGGUACUUAGAUGCGCGCUCACACACACUGUAAUA